GGGAGGAGGAGGGGGGAGCGGGGGUCAAAGAUACGCAGAGAAACGGGCUGCUGGUGGCGAAGAUGGCGGAUGGGGACAGUGGCAGUGAGCGCGGUGGCAGCAGCGGCGGCGGUGGCGGAGGGGGAGGAGGAGGCGGCGGCGGCGGCGGCGGGUUUCAGCAUUACCAGCGGGACUCGGAGACCCAGGAGCUGGCCUCGAAGCGGCUGGACAUUCAGAACAAACGCUUCUAUCUUGACGUGAAGCAGAACGCCAAAGGCCGGUUCAUCAAAAUUGCCGAGGUCGGCGCCGGGGGCUCGAAAAGUCGACUGACCCUCUCUAUGUCAGUCGCGGCGGAGUUCCGCGACUACCUGGGGGAUUUCAUAGAGCACUACGCCCAGCUUGGGCCUAGCACCCCGGAGCAGAUCGCUCAAUCUUCCGGUGGGGAUGAUACCGGGCCUAGACGGGCCUUGAAGAGCGAGUUCCUGGUGCGCGAGAACCGAAAAUACUACCUCGAUCUAAAGGAGAACCAGCGGGGUCGGUUUCUCCGGAUCCGGCAGACCGUCAACCGAGGCCCCGGUUUCGGAGUCGGAGUGGGUGGCAUCCCCGGGGCUGGCCUACAGGCCGGACAAACCAUCGCACUCCCGGCCCAGGGCUUAAUAGAGUUCCGUGACGCCUUGGCUAAGUUGAUAGACGACUACGGGGGAGACGAGGAGGAGCUGGCCGGCGGCGGAGGGGCCGGGGGCUACAGCGAGCUUCCGGAGGGCACCUCUAUCAUGGUGGACUCCAAGCGGUUCUUCUUUGACGUGGGAUCCAACAAGUACGGAGUUUUCUUGCGGGUGAGCGAAGUGAAGCCCAGUUACAGAAACUCUAUAACAAUCCCCUUCAAGGCGUGGAGCAAGUUCGGGGGAGCGUUCAGCCGCUAUGCCGAGGAAAUGAAAGAGAUCCAGGAGAGGCACCGGGAUAAGAUGUACGAGAGGAGAGCCGGAGAGGAGUCUGAGGGCGACGACGUGGACGACGAUUGAUGGAGAGGUGGCUACUUGUGAUGGAUUUGACAACGUGAUGCAAAGCCUGGCGAGAAACAGAGAAACAGAGAGAGAGGAGCGACUAUUCUGUGCAUGACGAAUCGAACUUUAAAAUGCUAAAACAACGGAUUAAAAAAAAAAAAAGUAUAUUUGACUGAGAAAUUACUGUCUAUAUAAAGUUUAGGUGGAUGUUAUAGCUAAAUGAGUGCGGACUGCAGUAGUCAGCUCCUGUAUGAGAUCCCCCAUUGAUAAAAAAAAAUAUAUAUAUAUAUAUGCACUUCUAUAUAUAUAUAUAUACAUAUAUAUAUGCACUUCUAUAUAUAUAUAUACAUAUAUAUAUGUAUAUUGAUUGUCUGUUUGAUGACUUCACACAUGUAGCCCAGCAAAUUAAGUUUGUGCUCAAGACACAACAGAACCGGUCCCACCUCCUGGUUGAUAUCCAAUGGCAAGAGCUCACCUGGUGCUGACCUGUAGUCUGUGAUGAUGAUAAUGAUAAUAAUAAUAAUAAUAAGGAAGUGUGAAAUGUGUGACAUACUCAUACCAGCAGGUGCAUAUAGUGGGAGUGAGACAGAGCGCCUGCAUCACUCACCAUGGCUGUGUGUGUGUGUUUUUGUCUAAAACGACCUGAAACGGACGGCUUGCCCAGACAGACCCACAACACCCAGUGCCACAGUCUCAGCUAUAGGGUGCGUCCUUGGCAUCGCAGGACAUCCGCUCGGCCCAGCAAGGUGCCGUAAAGUGAUCUGUUACAAGCACACGACUCAUUUGGAUUCUGUGGACAAUCCAAAUGAGUCAAAAUGACCCCUCCUUCUCCUUCUUCUCCUCCUCCUCCUUCUCCUUAUCCCUUCCUUCCCGCUCUCUCCCUCCUUUGCCAUCCCUCAGGUGCUAACCUCCUGCUCCGAUAGCUGAAAUGUGGUGAGGCCUGCUCACACGUGGCUUCUUUUAUUGUCUCAGGUCCAGCGAGUCCAAUCCAUAUUUUUUUGGAGUAUAUCAGCAUUACAUGUGCCUGUGCAUCGUUCUCAAGAGGUUCUGGGUGCACAUCUGGUCAGCCAGUUGCUGCAGCUGAGACGUCUGUGGCAACUGAUGAUGUCUUAUAUGAUGCAGGCCCAUGUUUGACCCCUGUGACCUUUCUAUCAAAGGGACUCGUUGAGCUCAGGCCUCCAGCACUGGUCACAAUUCUUCAAGUUAAAGCUUAAUAUUGCCAGGCUUGAGUUACGGUCUCAAGGGUAUUGACCUUGUUGGCUUAUUUAGGGUGCGUCAUUUGGAUCCUUUAAUCUUGAACUCAGACCAUUAAUGACUGAAGCAAUGUUCAGUCUGAUUGUAAGAAAGAUUAGGUGCUUUUGGAAAACAAAACCCACAGUGGGGUGCUGUUCCUAAAAGGAAAGGAAAAAAAAAAGAAAAAGUAUAUACUGGAAGAGAUUUACUUACUAAAAAGAUCAAGUAUAGAUAGAAUUAUUUUUCAAAAGAGAUAUAUUGAAAUAUGUCUUAGAAAUAUGAGACAUUUAUUAGAUAAUGCUACCUAAAGUGGCUUAUUUAAAAACACUAAACUUGGAUGCAAUUGUCCAGGGUGAUAUUUCAUACCUGCUUUUUUCCUAACAUUUCUUUUAUUCCUUAGAGGAAAUUAAGAAGAGUACAACAAAUUGAUAACACAGUAUGUUAUAGCAAUUUUUAGAAACAACUUCAUUGAAGUAGUUUGUCAGCAAACACUCAGCACUCCAGUUCACUUUACAUAGCAGAGUUGUCCCCUCGUUUCAGUCCGACUGUUUAACCAUGUUUUGUCAGAAACUGGCUUUCCAUCAGUUGCCAUACGACGCAAAUAUAAACACCUGCAAUCAUCAACAUUUUGUCUUUAGAGCUCCUUUUAGAAAUACAUUUCUUUUAUUCUUUUUUUUUUUUUUUUGCAUGCCUGCUCUUACGCGGAGCUGCCUUGUGUUCUUUUAUUUUGCAUAUUCUGAUUGCUGUAUGAUGGUAUUUAUCCAUUUUUGAGAGCGGUUUCAAGUUUUCUUUCUUUAAAUGGAAAAAAAAAAAGUUUAAAGUUUACUUCUCAGCCUAAUAAAAGAAAAAAAAAAGCCACAAAGUUCUCAUGCUUUGGGGAAUGUCACUUUCAUUGUCCCACUUCCUUUGGUGUGUAAACCUCUCGUUGAAUUUUACUUUACCCACUUCAACACAACAAAUGCAGAAAUGCCAUAUGAAAAAAAUAAACACCUGGGAGCAAUAGUUUUUUUUUUCUUUUCUAUUGAUAUAAAUAUACUAUAUAUAUAAUAUUACACAUGAGAUUGAACUACAUCCUUCUUCCUGUACUGUGUUACGUGAAAUGGCAGCUGUUUCAGUCGUGUGUUCUGCUGUAAUAUUCUACCAAGUUCCUUUCAAUGAGAAAUAAAAAAGGUUUUUGCUCAGGA